UUUCAUUUCAUUCGACUCCCAGCACUCGAAGAACGCAGACGCGCACGUUGUGAUCGUCGCGAGCUACUUCUGUUCGUUUUCGUAUUAUUCGUUGUCGUAUCGUUCGGGCUAACUUGUUUAUUAAGUGUCGCAUUGUGUUUACCGUUGUGCAGUGUUAAACUAUUUACGCUUUGUCUUGUGGGUGCACCACCCCACAACGCCCCACCACCCACUCCACUGUCAAGAUUGCGGUGACCAAAAAUAAUCAAAUGACACGUGCUUGAAAUAUAAAUUUUACUAUCCAUCAGUGGCGAGCAAAGCAACAAUAACAGAAGCCAAACUUGGGAUUACCUCGGCAUUGUUUAUACAAGAAAACGGCAUGUCCUUUCAGCGCAGCUACAGCAAGGUCUGGUGGGGCUCGGAGCAGUCCUCCUCCCUGACCAGCGGUGGUUUCUAUUCGAGCUUCAACGGCGGCAGCAGCAGCAGCAGCAGCAGCAGCUCCACCACCAGUAAUUUCACCCCUAGGCAGCCCACUUCCCUCGGCCCCCUGGGCAAUCUAUCCUGCAUCCAGGAGGUGGAGGACGAGCAGAACACCUCAAAGCUAUCCUGGCACAAGCACGAUAGUCCAGGCAGUCUACGCAGUCAGGAUUCGGGCUUUUCGGACAAUGAGGAAUCGCAUCAGCUGCAGCAUCCGCAUCAGGAAUCGCCGCAUUCGCCGAAAUCGGACAAGCAACAAACGCCCACGGCCACGCCCACAUCCGUACAUUCGGUGGCCACGCCCCCCACGGUGGUGCGCCGGGUGGGCAACUCCUCGUUCUACUCACCUCUGGUCAGUGUUACGCGGCGCAUUUCCUUCAGCAGCGGCCAGAUUACGCCCAAGGCGAAAUCCGGAGACGAGGAUGCAGCGGACGCGGAGCUGGAGGCCAGCCGUAGCCGCCUGUUCGAGCAGCUCGACAGCAUGAAACUGGACGAUGAGGCGGCAGCCGAGGAGGAGCAGGAUUCGCCACCACGUCCGGCCAUAAGACGCCGCCGGCGACUGAUGCGGAAAAUCAAACCGGAACCGGAAGAGGCUUCGGCAAGUGAGGAGGAAGUGGCAACAGCGCCACCACCUCCGCCUCCGCCGUACAAUAACGAAACUGUUUACUUGGGCGAGGCGCCACCGCCCUACAACAACGAGACAGUGACCUUUGGAUCCACCGAACAGGAUGAAACCCUUCAGUUGCAACCAUCUCCCUUGCGAGUGAGGGCUUUGAGGUUCACAGCCAGUACCAGUACGCCCAAGAGUGGAUCGAAGAUAGCGAAGAAGUCGAAGAAGCACCCGGAACCGGUGGUCAGUUGGAUGACGGAGCAGCGUUGGGCCGGCGAACCGGAGGUGAUGUGCACCCUGCAGCACAAGUCCAUUGCCCAGGAGGCGUACAAGAACAACACGAUCACCACGAGUACCGUUUGCAAGCUGGUCAGGCAGCUGCAGCAACAGGCCCUUUCGCUCCAGGGGCACUUCGAGCGCAGCGAGCGGGUGCUCAGCGGACUGCAGGCCAGUUCUCUGCCAGAAGCCCUCGCCGGAGCCACCCAACUGCUGUCCCAUCUGGACGACUUCACCAGCACGCUGGAGCGUCGGGGUGUCUUCUUCAACGAUGCGCGGAUCGAAAGGAGACGCUUCGAGCAACACUUGGAGCAAAUUCGCACGGUGAGCAAGGACACGAGGUACUCGCUGGAGCGACAGCACUACAUCAAUCUGGAGUCGCUGCUCGACGAUGUGCAGCUGCUGAAGAGGCACACUCUGAUCACCCUGCGACUGAUCUUCGAGCGGCUGGUUCGUGUCCUGGUGGUCAGCAUCGAGCAGAGUCGGGACGAUCUCCUGCUGAGGGCCAACAUCAACUGGGUGGCCACACUGAUGAACAUUGACUAUGACGGAUUUGCCUCCCUGUCCGACGCCUUCGUCCAGAACGAGGCAGUGCGAACCCUGCUGGUUGUGGUGCUGGAUCACAAGCAGAGUUCCGUGCGGGCCUUGGCACUCCGAGCGCUGGCCACUUUGUGCUGUGCUCCCCAAGCCAUCAAUCAGCUGGGCAGUUGUGGGGGCAUCGACAUUGUCAGGGACAUCCUGCAGGUGGAGUCCGCCGGCGAGCGGGGAGCCAUUGAGCGAAGGGAGGCCGUGUCCCUGCUGGCCCAGAUCACGGCCGCCUGGCACGGACCGGAGCACCGAGUGCCCGGCCUGAGGGAUUGCUCUGAGAGCCUGGUGGCCGGACUGGCCGCCCUCUUGCAGCCGGAGUGCUGUACACAGACCCUCCUCCUCUGCGCCGCUGCCCUCAACAAUCUGAGUCGGAUGGAGGUCACUUCGCACUACUCCAUCAUGUCCAACGAGGCCAUCUUCCGACUAAUCGACACCCUGGAACACCAGAGCUGCGCCAGUGUUUUCCUCUACGAGCAGAUCGUUGGGAUGCUGCACAACAUGUCGCUGAACAAGAAGUGCCACAGCCACUUGGCCAACGGCAUCAUCAUAAAUUUCAUCACGUCCGUGUACCAAACGGAAUUCUACAAGACCUACGGCUCACGUGCGGAGAGCGAUGCCCAGCGCCGCAGCAUCAAGACCAUCCUCCACACGCUGACGCGCCUGGCCAGCGAUUCGCCCACCCUCGGAGCGGAGCUCCUGGAGCAGUGGCAUCUCCCUGAUCUGCUGCGCCAGUCGCUGGCCCUCAAGCCCUCCUCCAGUUCUCCGCUUCAGCACCUGGACAGCAGUUACGGCGGGGACAUAUCCCACUUGGCUCGUCAACUGCUCGGCGUCCACCGGCAGGAACAACAGCUGCUGGCCACUCCCACGCCAGCGGGAUCCUUUUCCAGUGGUCACCAGACGCCCGAGGCCCAGACCCAGACCAGCUCCAGCUCCAGCUCCAGCAGCAAAAGCAAGGCCAAAUCGUCCUCGUCGUCGCUUCUCAAAUUCAAUUUAACACGUCAGGAGAGUUUCGUCUAGUUUUCACCACCUGCGGGGUAGGGGAUUCGCAAAGAUAGACACCAGAGCUACACAGAGAAAAUUAAAUAGCUUAUUAGCACCAGUUUCACAAUGUCAAUAUAAUUAAUAUCAAGUUAAUCCAAAACUCUAUCUAAUUUGUGUAUACCAAAAAUAUAAUAUGUCAUAUUUAUUUUUCAAAUAAUAGUUAUUAUUAUAUUAAUAUAUAAAUCCUUCAUGUUAAAUAUUAGUCAAGCAACAUGCUUUGAUUGCCUAAAAAGAAUUGUAUUCCAAAACAAAUAUUUUUGCGAUUUGUUUGUGAGAUAUAUAUGAAGUGCUUUGUCAUAUUGUUUAAAAUUGAUAGUUUCUCUCUGUGUGGUCACGUUUUGCGACCGGACACAAACCGGAAACUCAGACGUGCGUCAAGUGUUAUUACUUUGUCUAGAAUGUUGCGUGACCCGUUUGGACUCGCUCUGCCUCUCGGUUUGAACCUCAUCCUUGCUGCUGGAUGUAAACGAAGUAAUUUUUAUAUUUCCACUCAGGCAAACAAAUCAAACGGAGAGGCGGAGCUAGGAGCUAAAUAAAUAGAAACACAAUUUUUGUUUACCUUGUUUUUUGUUGUUGCCGAGGCAACUUUUGGUAUUCUUGUGUGCUUGUAACAAAAAUGCUCUUAAAGUUCUUUUUCAUUCGGCAGCCAGAUUUGUUUCAUAUUUUAUUCAAAGCAAAUGCAACUUUUGACAUUUUGCAUUCCCAUUGUAAAUAUUUCUCCAAAAAUCCUGAAGUUUACCCCAUACGGCUGGCAACUUAAAAACCAAAAAUUCCUUAGCUGUAGGAGAGAAGUCCUUUGUGCCAAAUGAAAUGAGAAAAGAAAUUCAAACAAUUUAUCUGUUUUGUACUUAAAGCAAUUGUAUUGCAUAACAUUGUAUUAUAAAUGUAUGAAUGUAUUUACGCUUUCCUUUGCUGUUUGGAGCUAUGCUUAAGUUUAUUAUAAGAUUAUUAAAUACACAUUAUUAUGUCGCUGGAAUAAACCAUUGAUGUGUUAAAAUAAAAA